UCCUGUUUUGUAAUUAUCUGUGUUAGUACUAAUAUGUGUUAUUAAAUUCCCGUUUUAGUAACUUCAUGUUUAUACUAAUAUGAACUUCUGGGCAUUGUCUUUUUAAUCAGUCAUGGCUUCUACACAAUCAUCAUCGUCUGUAAUUGAUGAAUUUUUGUUGGAAACACUAAGUUGUUGGUGUGGUUUGAAAGCAUCCGUAAAGACAUCGCACACUACGAAAAAUCCGAGAAGGAAAUUUUUCGCCUGCCCAAACUAUAAGACGCUUGAAACUAGGAAAUGUGAAUUUUUCAUUUGGGCAGAUAUAUUUCACCUGGUACAAGAGAACAUUCGUAGAAGAGAGAGUCAAGUUUGGAAUAUGUUGGAUGACGUAUUGGUGCGCGAGAAAGAGGUUCGUAAAAAGGAAGAUAAAGUUCGUAAAAAGGAAGAUAAAGUGCGAGAGCGAGAGACAAGUCUUCGUAGGGAAAAUCGAAAAUUAUUAUGUUUGUAUUGGAUUGUGAUUUUUGUAAUUAUUUGGGCUUGGUUUGGAUAGUUUGGUAACUCUAAUACGAAACUGAGUUUUUGUUAGAAUGUAACUGUUGGUAGAGUGUAGUGUGGAAGUCCAAGACCACCUUUGGUAUUAGAGUAUUCUUGGACUUGUCUCUGGAAGUGUACUGUAAUGUUAAUUGCAAGCUGUAUAAAUAUCAUAUAUCCCUGUUUUGUAAUUACCAGUCUUGAGACUACAAACCGUGCAAGCAUCUGCUCAAGAAUGUAAAUA